AUGGCAAAUAUGUUUAUGGCUUUAGAAAUUGUUCUAGACCUUCUAUUGCGUGUCUGUGAUUGGACUGGAGAUGCGGAACCUCCACCGUUAGUGAACGUGACAGUCCACGCGUCAACAAUUCUGGCCAUAAUUUUGUGGAACGUGGCUGGUGAAGGUGGACAUCCGAUCAUUGACUUCACAGCGCAGUACCGCUCCGCGAUGCCUGUUAAUGGCACGCUGGAGGCCUGGAAACCUAUCAGCCCUAAUCAUAUAAGCCCUAACUCUCGUCAAAUAGACGUUUACCACUUGGAGCCGAAUGCCUCAUAUUGGUUCAGAGUAUGGGCCAACAACGUUCUGGGACCUGGGCCGCCUGUCGAGGUCCUUGCGACCACCCUCUACAGUGACCAGGAAGCUGAACUUUACAAGCACUUCCUGGAAGGCGCUGAGACGUUCGACACCCGGACGUGGGUGGCUGCGGUGUGCGUAGUAAUGGGCACUUUAGCCGUCCUAGCAGCAGGAACUUGCGCAGUUCUGUGCCGCGAGUGGCGACGCUCAGGUGAGCCCCGGCCAUAG